AUGAACGGGCAGCGAGUCUUUGUCCUCGGCACUCAGCAAUGUCGACGAUUAUUAUCAACUAGCACGAUACGCUAUUCACUCGGCAGACCCAAUGCGUUAGAAGGUGCCGCUGGUCCACGAAAGAAGAAGAUCGGAAAGACUGACUGGAGUCGUCCUCAACAACAGCAGAAACAAGGUCAACAGCAGCAAGGUUCAAAGCGUAACAAGGUGCCUGCAAAACGCGACUGGAGUCGACCCUCUGAUAUCGAAUCCAAGAAACCACCACAGCAACAGCAACAACAACAGCAACAACGUGAUCAACGACGAGAGCGCAACAAGAAACGAGACGAAGAAGUUGCAUUGUUUAUGAAACAGCAGGAAGCUGAAAUGCAAAAGUACAAGGCCAAACAAAAGUCCAAAGCACAAGAGGAGAAGCAAGUGCAGGAUGUGUAUAUUCCACAUGUCAUCAAUGCGGCCAAUUUAUCAAGACUCUUGGGUGUAAGAUUAGAGCACCUUAUUCGGACCAUGGAAGAGCUGGAAAUGGAUAAUGUGUCACAUGAUCGCAUGCUCUCUGCCGAUGAAUCAAGUUUAAUUGCAAUGCAGCUGGAUAUGAACCCUAUUGUGGAUGAACGACAAGCUCUUGACUUAUAUCCAAGACCUUUACCUACUGAUAUGAGCAAUUUGCCGAAUCGACCUCCUGUGGUCACCAUCAUGGGUCAUGUUGAUCAUGGCAAGACGACUUUGUUGGAUACAUUACGCAAGACAUCGGUUGCUGCUGGUGAAGCUGGUGGAAUUACACAACAUAUUGGUGCCUUCUCAGUGACAUUACCUUCAAAAAAGAGCAUCACCUUCCUUGACACCCCUGGUCAUGCCGCCUUCUCUAGUAUGCGUGCUCGUGGUGCCCAAGUUACCGAUAUUGUCGUUUUGGUGGUGGCUGCUGAUGAUGGUGUCAUGCCACAAACACGUGAAGCCAUUGAACAUGCACAAAGCGCUGGUGUACCCAUUGUCGUUGCUAUCAACAAGUGUGAUAAACCUGGUGUGGAUUCCUCUCGUGUCAAGCAAGACUUAGCACGUUACAAUGUGCAUUUGGAAGAGAUUGGUGGUGAUGUGCCUGCUGUGGAAGUAUCUGGAUUGACGGGCAAGAAUCUCGAUCAACUUGAAGAAACCAUUGCCACUCUUUCAGAAGUAUUGGAACUCAGAGCUGAGCGUAUCAAUGGUGCUGAAGGUGUGGUGAUUGAAUCACAAGUGGAAAAGGGUCGUGGCAAUGUUGCAACCGUGUUGGUGCGUCGUGGUACUCUCAAACCUGGAUCAACUGUGGUGGCAGGCCAAACAUGGUGCAAAGUGCGAUCUAUGACUGAUCAUCAAGGAAAAUCUCUCAAGGAAGCUCCUCCUGGUACACCCGUCAAAGUGACAGGUUGGAAGGAAGUACCCAUGGCUGGUGAUGAAAUGCUUCAAGCUAAGGAUGAGGGUAUGGCCAAGACUGUAGUGGAUAAUCGUAAAGCACGCCAUCAACGUGAGCAGCAACUACGUGACUUACAAGUGAUCAAUGAGAAGCGUCGUCAACAACGUGAAUUAUUGGAACAAGAACGUAUGGUGGAGAAGGAAUACAAGAAGGAGAUGUACAUGUUCCAACAAGGAUUGAUUGAUUCGCCCCCUGAAUCCCUCGGCAAACGUCUCAGCGCCAUCCAAGCUUCAUUACAAGAUGAUCAAAAGAUUGAAAAGAAGGAUGACAUGCUCGAAUAUCGUGCUGUGGUCAAAGGUGAUGUGAGUGGCACCGUCGAAGCCGUUGUCGAUUGUUUGAAUGGUCUUCAAAACAAGCAAAUUCGUGUCAAGGUCGUCGAGAGUGGCGUGGGCAAUAUUACCGAGGGUGAUGUGCAACUAGCAGCUGCUUGUGAAGGCCAUGUUAUUGGUUUCAAUGUCAAGGCUGAUAAGAAGAUCCAAUCCGAAGCCAGCAAACGUGGUGUUGGUGUGCGUUCAUACUCGGUCAUUUACAAGCUUCUCGAGGAAGUCAAGGAUCAAUUAAGUGACAUGUUGCCUCCUAUCUUGUCGACGCAGGUCGUUGGUGAAGCAUCCAUUUUACAAAUCUUUGAUAUCAGUAUCAAGGGCCGUGAAACGCGUGCUGUUGCUGGUUGCCGUGUCACCAAUGGUGCCAUCCAAAGAAACGGUCGUGUACGUGUUGUGCGUGAUAAAGAGACUGUAUGGGAAGGUGAAUUGGACGCAUUACGGCAAGUCAAGAAGGAUAUCAUGGAAGCCAAAAAGGGAUUGGAAUGCGGCAUGUCAUUUGAAGGUUUUACCGGUUUCAAAGUGGGUGAUGUUAUUCAGAGUAUCCAAACGAUAGAAACCAAGCAACGAUUAUAG